UUAAGCUACCGAGCUUGCAUACGCUAUCUUGCGUUCUCACUGGAUCAUGCAAGCGCGCACUACGCUCGACCGCAUAUAUCGUCGGUAACUGUCUCCUGAUCCUGGCCCGGGAGAACGUUUCUACACCGUCAUAUUCCUUGUCAAUGGCAACCAUGAAUCGCGCCGAGGAUCCUCUGGCGUCAAAGUCUGAUGGUGCCCCUUUUCACUCCCCCCCUUCGCUUCCCCGGCAUCACAGGUCCAUCCCUUCGCGCACGCAGCUUAGUGACCCUUCAGCAACGGCGGUUGACCCGGCGUCUCCCGAAGUCAUUUCCUCUCUGAUUUCCUCGCUUUCAACGAUCUCGGUGCCUCUCCAGUCGCAUUUCGACAACAUCCCGCGCAUCGAUACGGAGACGAAUCCUUCUGCGCCAGUGUACAUUCCCACAGGUCAAUCUCCCAGUCUUGACCAACGGCAACCCAGCGAGCAUGAUCUUUCAGUGAGGAACAGGACGCGGCAGGCGUCUGAGGAGGCAUUGCAGACUCCCUUUCUGCAUCCAGAUGAUGCGGCGGCCCCUCCUAUCAUUCGCAUGGCACGGGCGCCUCCAUCCCCCAAACAUAAAGCGACUUUCGAUCCGCCCUUGUCUCCAGGAAGACCGACAUCUAGGGGCUCAUACACGUCAUCUAAGGCAGCGUAUGAAGAUACUGCGUUUGGUACCAUCACCACGGAACCGGGCCCACGAGUGUCUACAGCAAAUAGCGUGGCAUCUUCGGGCUCUAGGAAGAGCCUGAGAAAUCAGUUUGGCCUCCUCAAGAGGCCAUCUCGAGAAUUUUGCAGUGAUAAGGACAGGAAAACCGAACGGCUACGCAAAACGUGUAGCUUCAACGACGGCCUCAGACACAAUAUACCACGCAGUCGUGCUAGUAUACGUUCAUUGUGUUCUAUGGCUGACGUCGUGGAGGAGACACGCCCAGUGCGUGCAGCCACCGAGCCCAGCAGGGAACCGACAUUCAGCAGACCCUCCAGUAAGGAACGCCAUUCGUUGCAAAGCGCUCGGGAUAGUGCGCCGAGUACACCAGGCGGUAUUGGUAGCGGACGUGUUAUUCCUGCUCGCGAGUCUUCCUUGCGCCAUAGCUUUUCUUCCAGCCCAAAGCACCGCAGAUCCACCCGCCAUAGCCGGUACUCUUCAACCAGUAGCAGAGAGAUGAAAGUGGACAGUGCGGUAUCGGGCGUGGGCAACGAAGCCGAACAGGUAACGAAGCGAAUACAAGAAUUGAAAGACCAGCAACAGAAGAUCAAAAGCGAACUAGAAAUAGAUGAUACCCCGGAGAAGCCUUCUAAGCCUGGCCCCGCCGUCGCAUCUGCCCGGGAGAUGCAGAAUGCCAGUGCCAGCAGCGAAACGAUGGAGCAUAGGCAGAUCGUCCGACAAGCAAAUGGUGGCUUUGACGAGAGUGCGCCGGCCCCAGCAGUCAUGACGGGCAAGAGCCGCUCUUCGCUGGCCUCGAAGUCAAUCAGUAACCCGCCACCGUCUCUGGAGAGAUUUGACCAGCUUGCUCGUUACCGUGGUCCUAUGGAACAAUCGACCUCAGCCUUUACCCAUAAGCGCUCCCCAUCCGGUUCUGCUACUCCCGUUGGUGUCUCGAGUGGGGAAGAACGCCCCACAAGUGCCGAUUCCAUUGACCUUGCAGUCUACGACUACAUAUCUUCCCCGAAACUUACCCAGAAGGUGUCACAUCCUACAUCAGGCCGUACCAUAGCGUUCUCCGAGGUUGGAGACCCUAAGGGAUAUGUGGUACUUUGCUGUCUUGGAAUGGGCCUCACCAGAUAUCUGAUGGCGUUCUACGAUGAGCUGGCACGAUCACUGCGCCUGCGGCUUAUUACGUUGGAUCGCCCCGGUGUGGGAGAAAGCGGCCCCUACGUCGACGAGGCGGGAACCCCCCUCGGUUGGCCUGAUGAUGUCGCCAUUGUGUGCAACCACCUCAAAGUUACCAAGUUUUCAAUCAUGGCACACUCUGCGGGUGCUAUUUAUGCGUUGGCUACUGCGCUUCGGAUCCCACAGCAUAUCCGGGGCCGCAUUCAUCUGUUAGCACCCUGGAUUCCACCUUCUCAGCUGUCUAGCAUUGGCUCGCAAAAGGCUCCCGUCCCCACAAAUGCUGUCCCGUACUCCCAGCGAAUUCUCCGAGCCCUACCGAUGUCCAUACUCAAGGUGGCCAAUUCAAGCUUCAUGACUGCAACCAGUGCAAGCCUGACCUCUAGCCUCCCCAAGUCUCCGCGCCGGGCUAAGCGGAAAGGGCUGCUCAAGGAUAGCUCCAGUCCCACCGGCGCUGAAGCCAAGAGCACGCAACGGCUCCCAUCCAAGAUCACUCAGCAAGGGGUAGAUCUGAAGGCCCUCGAGGGACUGAAGGCAUCUGAUUUCUCUGCUACCGAGGGAUACCCGAAGGCCGACCCCACAUCAAGUCAGGCCUUACUUGCCACGUCGCAAGAACGGGAACGCCAGACCGAUUACGAUAACCGACUUACGCAUAAGAUUUGGGAGCUAGCGACUACGAAUGCAAAUCCGGCGGUAGAUCUGCUGGUCUGCUUGGAACGUCGUCAGCCCAUUGGCUUCCGAUAUGUGGAUAUCACCCGCAACGUUGUCAUCCACCAUGGCAGCCGCGACACUCGUGUCCCGGUGGACAACGUCCGAUGGCUGGGGCAAAUGAUGCGACGAUGUGAGGUUCGCGUACUGGAAGGAGAGGGUCAUGGGCUGAUGGCCUCAGCGGCAGUGAUGGGCAAUGUGCUCAUGGAGAUUGCCAAGGAAUGGGAAGAUUGGAUGAUCGUGGUCCAGGGCAAACGCAGAGCUACCGUUGGAACACGUUCAGGCAUUGCAGUUCAAGCGUGAUGGAUGCAGGUUAAUGCAAUGCAUGCACCUUGUUGCUCGUAUAAAGAGGAGGAAGAGAAAGCCGGUGAAGACCCCCGUUUACUGGAUGGAGUCUAGAAUGGGUCAACCCUACCGCUG